AACACUCAACCACCACCAACCUGCACCUUCGCAAUCGCCAUCAAUUAAUCGGGAAAUUUAUCAACACCAGCUCAUUCGACUGACUAACACCUUUCCGAGAGACUUCAGGCCACUCCAAUCCUUCCACCAUGCUGUCGCGUCCUCAAAAACAAUCCAUGUCCGAAUUGAAGCUCCGUAGACUUACAGAGCACAACCAACGUCUCCGCGAAGAUCUCGAACGUCCCCGAAUCCGAGUCUCCGAUGCCAGUGCGAAUCUAAUUCGGUUCUGUAAAACCACUCGAGAUUAUCUCGUGCCAUCUGUCUGGGGGCCCCUCGGCAAGAGCGAAGAUCCUUACGCCCCUCAAGCCGCUGGUGCCAGUUGUUGCUCGGUGGUUUGAGUCCGCUUUCCAUCCAGUUACUCACGCAUCAUAUCGGAGUCUAAUGUUGUUCGGAAAUCCAUUACGGUCUCAUUUCUCAAGGAAUUGACGAGUUGAAUCACCUUUGACGCGAAAGGAUAUCAUAACCGCUAGCAGUAUACUCAUUUCCCUUCCAACUGUUCCACUUGAUCUGGAACGUCACUUUCACCUUUUCUUUACCCUGUUGAUCCUUUUUCUUCUUCAUCCAACCUGUUCUGCCUUGUCCAUUGGUUCUAUCCUUUUGCCUAUCACCAGUUCGAAAAUCUAUGUCGUUUCUCGUAUGUACUUCAUCCCUUUUGUGUUAAAGCAAAUUUGAUUCUCCCUUGUAAGCAAAGUGGCCACUCAUUUUUCCUCAAAAUGAACACUUGUUUCCCUUUUUCUCUUUCUUUUCUUUCCUCUAAACCGGGAACAUGGUACCAAGACUGUCGUCGCCAAUUGAACUUCAUGAGUCCUUAACGUGCUUGGUGUUGUACGUGUAAAUGUUUUUGCUUUUCAAGGCGCAUCACAUCAUCAUCCAAUUCGGACACAAAACCGAGCAAACAGGACCCUGGAAACCCCCG